CUUUGCCUGAAGUUUUUUUUUUUUUCACCUUCUUAAGCAUGCGACCAUGGGGCAAGUGACCACUGUUGCCACGGGGGGGAGUGGUUUGGUGCCGAAGCAAAGGCUGUAACUUCUACCAUGGUACCUGUUGAAAACACAGAGGCCCGCGGUCGCCUGAAUCCGCAGGGGAGACCAGCCGAGACUGAUGGCAGCGACAGAGCCAGCGGCCGCCGGCAUCCUCCCUGGGCCAGAGGUUGCGGCAUGUUUACUCUCCUGUCAUCUGUCACGGCUGCUGUCAGUGGCCUCCUGGUGGGCUAUGAACUUGGGAUCAUCUCCGGGGCUCUUCUUCAGAUAAGAACCUUAUUAGCCCUGACCUGCCAUGAGCAGGAGAUGGUCGUGAGCUCCCUUCUCAUUGGGGCCUUGCUUGCCUCUCUCCUGGGAGGGGUUUUAAUUGACAGGCAUGGAAGAAGGGCUGCCAUCAUCUUGUCAUCCUGCCUGCUUGGACUCGGAAGCCUAGUCUUGAUAUUCAGUUUAUCUUACACGAUUCUUAUAGUGGGGCGCAUUGCUAUAGGGGUUUCCAUUUCACUCUCGUCAAUUGCCACUUGUGUUUAUAUCGCUGAGAUUGCCCCGCAACACAGAAGGGGUCUUCUUGUGUCACUGAAUGAGUUGAUGAUCGUCACUGGCAUCCUUUUUGCCUACAUUUCAAAUUAUGCAUUUGCCAGUGUUUCUCAUGGCUGGAAGUACAUGUUUGGCCUUGUCAUUCCCUUGGGAGUCUUGCAAGCAAUUGGAAUGUACUUUCUUCCUCCAAGUCCCCGGUUCCUGGUGAUGAAAGGACAGGAGGAAGCUGCUGGCAAGGUUCUGGGAAGGUUGAGAGCCAUCUCAGAUACCACAGAGGAACUCACUCUAAUAAAAUCUUCCCUGAAAGAUGAAUAUCAGUAUAGCUUUUGGGAUCUGUUUCGUUCCAAGGACAACAUGAGGACCCGAAUAAUGAUAGGUAUAACACUGGUAUUUUUUGUACAAAUCACUGGCCAGCCAAACAUAUUAUUCUAUGCAUCAACUGUUUUGAAGUCUGUUGGCUUCCAAAGCAAUGAGGCAGCUAGCCUCGCCUCCACAGGCAUUGGGGUUGUCAAGGUCAUCAGCACCAUCCCGGCCACAGUGCUAGUAGACCACGUCGGGGGUAAAACCUUCCUCUGCGUUGGCACUUCUGUGAUGGCAGCCUCAUUGAUGACCAUGGGCAUCGUGAAUCUCAACACCCACAUGAACUUCUCCAAUAUCUGCAGAAGCCAUAGUCUUAUCAACCAGUCAUUGGAUGAGUCUGUGUUUUAUGGUUCAAGCAACUUGUCAGCCAGCAAUGAAACACUUAGAGAGCCCUUUAAGAAGAUCACUUCCCACAGCAGAAGCUUGGUAACGCCCAUAAGAAAUGACAUGGGUAAGAGAGGGGAGAUGACCUCGCCAUUCUUACCAAGUGCUGGACUAAGCCAGACUGAAUCCCAGAUCGUCACAGACCCUGCAGAAGUCCCACCUUUUUUGAAAUGGCUGUCCUUAGCCAGCUUGCUUGUUUAUGUUGCUGCUUUUUCAAUUGGUCUAGGAACGAUGCCCUGGCUGGUGCUCAGCGAGAUUUUUCCUGGUGGAAUCAGGGGACAAGCCAUGGCUUUAACUUCAAGUAUGAACUGGGGCAUCAACCUCCUCAUCUCUUUGACGUUUUUGACAGUGACUGAUCUCAUUGGACUGCCGUGGGUGUGCUUCACCUACGCGAUCAUGAGCAUCGCGGCCCUGGUGUUUGUCAUCGUGUUCAUACCCGAGACAAAGGGCUGCUCUUUGGAACAAAUAUCCGUGGAGCUGGCAAAGGCGAACUAUGUGAAAAACAACAUUUGCUUUAUGAGUCAUCACCAGGAGGACUUAGCAUCAGAACAACUCCAAAAAAGAAAACCUCAAGAGCAGCUCUUGGAGUCCAAGGGACGACCAGAACCUUAUAAAUGCUGAUGCUGUGUUAAGGACAUCCAGUAUGAUGUCUUCAUACCAACACACGCUGGCCACUCCCAGGUUUUUUGCCUUUAGUGUCAUGGAGCUAGUUUUAAAGGGACAGUAUGAAAUUAUGAAGACAAUAUUUCAUCUUCACCCACAAUAGGUAAAUCAGGGGUAAGGCCCCAAGCAUCUAUUACUUUGGAGGGGAUACCAGGCCAAACAAAACAAAACACUAUUUCAACACUCUCCACCUUUUCACAGAGCAGCUUUGAAAGGCUGAACCACAGGCUGGUUACAGCUUUAUUAUUCAGAUGCUAAGUAGUCUAAACACAAGCCUAAUGUUUGGUUCCCCACCAACUCCCCUCCCCCCACCAAAACACUAUUUGUACUGGGUCUUGUGUAAAAAAGAACCAGGACAUAAUGUGGACAACUGCAUAUAUAUUCUAGAUUCAGAUAGGUUCUUGGCUGAUUUUAGUGAUAAUUCCUAAGCAGUUUAACAGGUACAAGGAUUAUGCGCCUUUUUAUGAAUUAUGAACUAUAAUGCAAUACAAAAUCUUUUAUGUCAUUAUAAGUAUUAUGAAAUAAUGUGACAAGCAAUUCUGCAAUAGCUGAGAAAGAUAAGCAUCUUCCCAUCCGCUUAAAAAAUAUGAAUAGAAAGGACAACUCGAAAUUCUUGGGACCAUAUUUAUUUAGAAGUAGCUGUGUGUACAUUAGGAGUCAGGCCAUCAGGUUAUUUAUUGCAAAUCUCUAAACAAUUAGAUUUGACGUUUUAGCCAAACGUAUACAGUUCUCUCUGUAAGGCAUUCAGUCUCCUGCCGUCCUCCAUGGGUUCCUCAGGACCAUCGCUACCUCGGGCCAUGGCGUCCAGGCAGGCCACGACCGGCGCUGACUUGCAGGGGACUGCAGACACUACAAAUGACAUUCAGACAGCAGGACGAUCCCCUCACUACCUUCUCUCUGAUGAAACCGAGAUCACCAGCUAUACCAGAAAGUUCAGCUUCACCCACACAACCCUGGGUGGCUCUCUUGUGAAUUGCUGCAGUCAAAUUUCCGAAGCUGGUGGAGCAUUUUACUAAUCAAAUUUAGAUACAAUAGAAAAUCUGUAAUAAAGACUCUUAAACCACUUCAGUAGCAAUUCAGUAAAUUAUUAAUAUAUAUUAUAAACUAUGGAAGACACUCAAAAAACUUAAAAGAAUGAACCUAACUUAAAUGUGAAUACACAAAUAUGAUUAACGUUUAAAGAGAGUCCUGAGUCACAAACAAAAGCCCUAUUUAUCUUGGAAUUUUCCUACUGGCAUGUAACAAAUUGUCCCAAGUUAGAUACUACGGUAUGUGAUCUACUGUAUUUCCUUGUAACAAAGAGGAAGACUGAUGUAAGAAAUAGUAAAACUGUAUUCUCAGAGAUUCAGAAUGACUGAGAGUCCUGGUUCUGAAAUGUACUAUGUUGAUUAAAACUGGCAGAGGGAGUUAUGAGAA